CGGCCUACCUCAUAAGAGGCUGAGCAUUCAGUCGCUACAGUUCCACUCGCGCGCAGUGCAAAGUUUAUUCAAUAUUAUUUUUUAUCAAAUAUUAGCAUAGUGAGUUAAUGUGCCGCGAUGACAGUGACAAAAAAGGGAGAAGGAACGUCGGCGAAAAAGAAAGGUGCUAAAGAGAUUAGCACCUCGGCGGGCCAGAGUUCGUCAGCCGCGAGUUCGUCGUCCGUUCAGGUGGUGAAGUCGAGCUCUACGACCGAGGUAGUCGAAAGCGUGGUGGAAGACAUUACGCAAGUAAGUCAGACGGAAAAUGAACAGCACCAAAAAUUUACUGUCACGGAAAGCAACGGCACCGUGGAUUUUAAAAAUGGAGCCGUGAGCAGCAGCAUUUCUUCCACCGAGGCAAACUCAAAUAGCAAAUCGGCCUAUUCGAGCUCGCAAAUUUCGGAAUCGGCCUCAAGUUCGAAAAUUUCAGAAAUGGCUUCAAAAUUACAAAUUUCCGAAUUGGCCGAAAGUUCUUCUCAAAUUUCUGAAUCGGCAUCAAGCUCGCAAAUUUCAAAGCAAUUAGCUUCCAGUUCAAAAAUGGUGGAAUCGGCCUCCAGUUCGAGUUUGGUCGCCUCCCAAAGUAGCUCCCAACAGCAAAUAUCAAAAUCGAGCUCAAGCUCAAAAAUAAUGGAGUCAGCCUCAAUAGUGAGCGAAGCUAUGGAGGCCGCUUCCAAUGUGAUAGAAUCAAACGCGAUGGCCACAAUUUUAGAAUCAGCCUCUUCCUUGCAAUCUAUGAGCAUGUCCGAGUCAAAAUCUAGUCUCCGACAAUCUGUUUCAAAGUCUUCCAGCAAAUCUGAAGUGCUCGAGACGAGCUCUUCUUCCCUGAGCGCGGGCGGAGUUCAUGCUUUCUCCUUUUCGGAGGGCACGCAAAAUAAAUCAUUUUCUUCCUCGCAACAGGCGCAGAAAUCUGAGGCUGUGGAAUAUGUGAGCGUUCCAGCCGCAGGAAAAGCCUCAUUCGUACAGCAGGAGAUAUCCAGAAGCAGCUCAGCGAAGGAAAUUGUGCAACAAUCGUCCAGCAGCGUCGUGAAAAGCAGCUCAAGCAUCAACGUGUUUGAACAGGGUGAGGCCACCAUGCUUUCCUACAGCCGUCCGGCAGCCGGCAAGCCGUCGGUCAACCGAACCACCUACGUGGGCCAAACUGGUUCGUCUAGUUCGGACGUGGUUGAAAAAGGGCAGGCCAGAGUAAUAAGCCAAGACGUAACUUCGUCGGUCAGUGCUACCCACGCAGACAGUGGCGCCACUGCUCAUGACGCCCUCGUUUCCUAUCAAGAGGUUCCUGGGCAGACGACCCACUACAUCAACAUGGACGACGGCGGGAGCGUCAAAAUCACUGAAAUCCUUUAUCAGCCGCUACCAGCUGCAGGCAAACCCUCUGUAUCCCAGAAAAAUAUUCGCGAUCAACAAUCAGCUCGUGGACAAACUAUAAAUGAGCAAAGGACAUUCACUGCCCACAUGACGAGUGGUGACAACCAAAAUUGGUCAAUUGACCAGGCCAAUUCCACCUACAAAGUCAUGCCUGCUGCAGGAAAGUCAUCCAUGUCUCAGAGAACUCUUCAAGAUCAACGAACGGUCGAUGGUCUCUCCACUAGUGAGCAACGAAUGUCAAGUACCCACAUGACGAGUGAAAACCAGAACGUUUCAUUUGAUCAGUCAAACUCUACUUACAAAGUUAUGCCUGCUGCUGGAAAGGCGUCUGUAUCCAACGUUGAACAAAGAGACCCAAACUUGCAAACACAUAAAGAAUCAAGCUCUGGUGAAACAGUUUAUUAUAAGUCGAUGCCUACGGCUGGAAAGCCUUCUGUGUCCAACAGAACGCAUUGGAGCAACAGCCAGCAGAUCAAGAGUGAUUCUCACGGAAACACGUACGAAACAUCUACAAGCGAAACAUCUCAAUUCUCGUCCACAAUCUCCGGACAAUCGCAAGUAGCGGAUAAAACCGAGAGGAGUGUCCUAAUUGGAGAAACAGAAUACAAGGUGAUGCCAACCGCUGGGAAGCCAUCAGUGUCUACCAGGGAUCAGAAGGAAAGUCAAAAACCUUUGCAAAAAGGUUUGGAUCUGAAGGAAGGUCAGCAGAAGGUUACCAUUGAGGAGGUGACGUACCAACCCAUGCCUGCCGCUGGAAAACCGACAGUUUCUUCCAGAACAGUGCAGUAUUACUCGGACACCUCGUCCGAGUCUCAGCAGAAACGCGAAUCGGUCUCAUUUGAUCAGAGUACAUCAAAGUCCUCAUAUGAAGUGAUAAGUGGAGAAACGUCAACUCAAAGACCAACACCUGCUCCUCGAACCCUCGCAGACUCCACCGGCGACCACCAAGUUUUGACAACCGUGGAGAAAAUAAUCUACACGCCUAUGCCUGCAGCCGGAAAGCCCUCGGUGACACAACAACCUGGCGAAAAGACCAAGCCCACGGCCGGCCGGGCCACCGUGCCACAGGACGUGCUCAAGGAGCUGAAGAAGAGGCAGAGUUCGCAAAACGUGUUCUCCUCCUCUGAAACUACUGAGAGCUCAAAUAUUGAUGUUUCAAGCAGCAGCAUAAUUAAAAAUAGUGCCCAGCAAAACGUAAUUAACGAGGUGAUUGUAAUCAGGGGUAGCGAGAGCAGCGACAAGUCAAAGGAUUCAAAAAUUACGUCACAGCAAACAUCUCGAGAUGAUAAGACUACCAAAACACGUGGGGCUGCAGAACAGAGUGUCACCAUUGAAGAGCAGCGGCAGAGCAAAAGUAUGACGGCCGAGAAGACGGAGAAAGUGGACAAGAGGAAAAGUGAUGAGCCACCAAAAAAGGAGCAGUGCGUCUGCCAGAUCUGCACCUGCGGUCGCCACCAUUGCACACACGUGCCAUCCAGUGAGCCGAUUUAUGACGCGUCCAAGGGCCCUGACAUUCCCGGAGACUCGCUCUCGCACCAAGAGUAUAAGGCGUUCCGACCCGACGAGGUGGACAGACCCAAAAUCAAGAGACUGAACACAGUCCUGCAUCAAGAAGGAGAUAUCGAAACCGCCACAACUUCAAAGACUGCUUUCGUGCCACUGCCGUUUGAGAGACAGAAACCGAUUAAGCGUGAAUCUGAGCUGCAUUUGACUGAAGGUGAAAUUGAAUCGGUCUCUGCAUACCGCUCAGAGUUUGACAAGAAGCAGACUGAAAGGACACAAAGAUACAAAUAUGAAGACCAUUUGCAUCUUGAAGGACCUUUUCAAGGCGAACCUCAUUCACGUGAGGAUUACAAGCCUAAGGUCGGAGAAAGGGCAGAGGUACGGAAAUAUGAGGACCACCUUCGACUGGAAGGUGACUUUUCAGGCCAUAGUCACGUUAAGGAGGAAUACAAAGUUGUGAGAGGAGAAAGAGCAGAGGUGAAACGCCAUGAGGAUCAUCUGCGAAUGGAGGGCCUUUUCGAAGGUUCUCGAAAGGACGAUUACUCGGCCGUCAAGGGAGAACGAUCUGAAAUCGUAAAGCACCGCGACAAUUUGCAACCCGAGGGUGAAUUUUUGGGCAAGAGAGAAAACAUCGUUCCGCAGAAAGGUGACAGGGCGCAGGUAAAAAGACCUGAAGACAAUUUGCGUCCUGAAGGAGAGUUCACUGGCCGCAGGGAACAACCUGUUCCAGGAAAGGGAGAAAGGUCACCAAUUAAAAAGCCAGUGGAUAAUUUGCAUCCUGAAGGAGAAUUUACUGGAAAAAGAGAAGAGCCCGCACCCGGUAGGGGAGAACGAGCAACAAUUAAAAAACCAACAGACAACCUGCGUCCCGAGGGCGAGUUCUUGGGCAAAAGGGAUGAUUACACCCCUGGGAAGGGGGAAAGAGCUCCCAUCAAGAAGCCAGAGGAUAAUUUGCGUCCUGAAGGUGAAUUUACAGGAAAACGAGACCUCCAACAACCAGGAAAAGGAGAUAGGGCACCAGUCAAGAAACCUCAGGACAACCUUCGUCCUGAGGGUGAUUUUACUGGCAAGAAGGAGGAGCAAAUACCUUUAAAAGGUGACAGGGCGCCUACCAAGAAACCACAGGACAACCUUCAUCCUGAAGGUGACUUUGUUGAUUUCACAACUUCAAAAUCUGAUUUUACUGGAGAGUUGACUGAUCGUCCAAAAAUGGUUCGCCGCAACACCUUCACAAAAUUGGAAGGAGAUCUUUCUUUUGAGGAAUCAACAAGCAAAAGCGAAUAUAAGGCACAUGAAUCUGUGGAAAGAGUUGAGGUUACACGCCACCAUGACAAUUUGACUGUUGGGGAAGGAAAGUUUGAGGACUCAACUCAAUCAAAGGAAGACUUUGAUUUAAAAAAUACCGGACUUGUACGGGGAGAGAGAAGGAGAACAUGGACAAAGCUUGAUGGGGAGCAAUAUUUUGAAUCAACAAACGCUGCAGUUUUUAAAUCUGUUUCACGUUCUGAAAGAAAUGAAAUUGUUCGACAUGAGGAUAAUUUGCGGCUAGAAGGGCAUUUUAUUGAUGACCGCCCCAAGAACGACGGCAAACCAGUGCGAGGUGAACGGGCAGAUGUGAAGCGCCCAGUCGAUCACCUAAAACCUGAAGGCGCUUUUGAAGGAAAGCCUAAGGAUGAUUUCACGCCAAAGCGCGGUGAGCGCGCGGACGUUAAAAAGCCAAGUGACAAUCUGCACCCCGAGGGUGAGUUUGCACAAAGAAGGCGUGAAUCUCCCAAAAGGGGCGAAAAAACAACUCCCAUCAGACCGUCUGACAACUUACGUCCAGAAGGGGAAUUCGAGCGCCCUGAAAAGUCCCCAUACGCUCCAGGCCAGAGACAAUCUCCAAUUAAACAGGCAGACAAUUUGAAACCAGAAGGUGAUUUUGCCAAAAGAGAAAGGCCAACUCCAGGAAAGGGAGAGCGUCAAUCUCCAGUCAAGCACGCCGACAACCUGCAUCCCGAGGGCGACUUUGAAGGGCGUCCGAAAGACGAUUUUAUUCCAAGGCAAGGCGAGAGAGCUGAUGUCAAACGGCCCAGUGACAAUUUGAGGCCAGAAGGUGAGUUUAUAAGGCAAGAAAAAGAACCUGCCCUCAAAGGAGAAAAACCGAUGCCAAUUCGACCUGUGGACAAUCUAAGACCUGAAGGAGACUUCCAGCGCCCUGACAAGUCUAAAUAUGAGCCUGGAGAGAGGCAGCGACCUAUAAGACAGAAUGACAAUUUAAGACCAGAAGGUGAAUUUGCUGGGAAGCCUAAAGACGAUUUCACUCCGAAGAGAGGCGAACGGGCUGAUGUCAAACGGCCCAAGGAUAAUUUGCACCCUGAAGGUGAAUUCGCUAGAAGGCAAUCGCCCAGUCCUGUUCGGGGAGAAAGGGCGCAAGUUGUUAUUCAUGAGGACCAACUUCGGAUGGAGGGAGAAUUCGAUGAUACAUAUAGGUCAAGAAAUGAAUACAAAGCAACAAGGAUUGAGAGAAGCCAACUUAUCCGCCAAGUUGACAACUUGCAUUUAGAAGGAGAAUUUGUUGAUCACCAACAGCGAGUAGACUACGGUCAAACAAAAGGAGAAAGGGCCGAUGUUCGCAAGCCUCAGGACAACCUCCGACCUGAAGGGGAAUUUUACAGAAGAAGCCGCGAGUCUCCGAAACGUGGAGAAAAAUCUACGCCUGUUAGACCGACAGAUAAUCUGCACCCUGAAGGAGAAUUUGAACGACCUGAAAAGAACCAGUAUAGGCCUGGAGAAAGGCAGCCAAUUAUAAAACACCACGAUAAUCUGCGCACUGAAGGUGCAUUUGAAGGCCGUCCCAAAGAGGAAGCGCCGAAAAGGGGUGAACGAGCUGAAGUAAAGCGCCCCGAAGACAAUUUGAGACCAGAAGGCGAUUUUGCGAAGAGAGAACGUGAAGGCCCCAAAAAAAUUGACCGACCGUCACCUGUUCGGCCUGUGGACAAUUUAUACACAGAGGGAGAAUUUCAGGCGCCAGAAAAGCAAAAGUUCGUCCCUGCUGAGAGGCAGUCACCUUACAAGCAGCACGACAACCUUCGUCCUGAAGGUGAUUUUGCUAAGAGGGAACGCGAGUCUCCAAAACGCUCAGACCGACCGGCGCCUGUGAGGCCUGUGGAUAAUUUGCACACUGAAGGAGACUUUGAAGCGCCAGAAAAGCAGAAAUAUAUACCUGCAGAAAGGCAAUCACCAUACAAACAGCACGAUAAUCUACGUCCCGAGGGCGAGUUUUCCGGCAGACCCAAAGACGAUUUUAUUCCGAAGAGAGGGGAAAGAGCUGAUGUAAAACGCCCUGAAGAUAAUUUGAAGCCGGAGGGCGAGUUUGCCCAGAGAGAGCGUGAAGGCCCAAAGAGAGCUGACAGAAGAACACCAGUGAGGCCUGUCGAUAACUUGCACACUGAAGGAGAAUUCCAGACUCCAGAAAAAGUAAAAUUCAUUCCUGCUGAAGCUCGGAAGCCGUAUAAACAGCAAGAUAACCUACAUCCUGAAGGUGAAUUUGCUGGCCGUCCAAAAGAUGAUUUUACGCCAAAGCGUGGUGAUCGAGCUGAUGUUAAAAAGCCGCAAGAUAAUUUGCACCCAGAAGGAGAGUUCAAUGGCCGACCUAGGGUGGAUUAUGUGCCUGGUAAAGGAGAACGAGCGCCAGUUGUCAAACACGAAGAUCACCUACGAAUGGAGGGCGCAUUUGACGACUCGUACCGUUCGAGAGAUGAAUACAAUUUUGUCCGUGUUGAAAAGAGAAGCAUGAUUCACCACGAAGACAACCUGCACCUUCAUGGGGAAUUCAGUGAAACUAAGCACAGGGAUGAUUAUAAUAAUACCAAGGGUGAAAGGGCGCCCAUACACAAGCCAGUGGAUAACCUGCACACUGAAGGAGAGUUUGAAGCGCCAGAGAAGAAAAAAUUUGUCCCUGCUGAAAGACAAGCUCCGUACAAACAGCACGACAAUCUGUGGCCUGAAGGAGAAUUUACCGGCCGACCAAAAGAUGACUUCUCUCCCAAACGAGGUGAAAGGGCUGAUGUCAAGAGACCGGAAGACAACCUAAGGCCUGAAGGUGAAUUCACCCAGAGAGAGCGCGAGGGCCCAAAAAAAGCUGAUAGGCGAACACCAGUCCGGCCUGUUGACAAUUUGCACACUGAAGGGGAAUUCCAAGCUCCAGAAAAAACUAAAUUCAUCCCUGCAGAAAGUCGAUUGCCAUACAGACAACAAGACAAUCUCUGGCCAGAAGGUGAAUUUGUUGGAAGACCUAAGGACGAUUAUACACCUAAGAGAGGUGAGCGUGCUGAUGUCAAACGCCCAGAAGAUAAUUUACGGCCAGAGGGUGAUUUUGCGAAGAGAGAGCGCGAAGCACCAAAGAGGUCUGAUCGUCCAGCGCCUGUCAAGCCAACCGACAAUUUACACACUGAGGGAGAAUUUCAGGCACCAGAGAAACAAAAAUACAUCCCUGCAGAAAGACAGUCGCCAAUCAAGCAACAUGACAAUUUGCGUCCUGAAGGUGAAUUUGCAAAGAGGGAACGUGAGACUCCUAAACGGUCUGACAGGCCAGCUCCUGUUAGGCCUGUUGACAACUUGCACACUGAAGGAGAGUUCCAGGCGCCAGAAAAACAGAAAUUCGUUCCUGCAGAAAGGCAAUCACCAUACAAACAGCAUGACAAUCUGCACCCUGAGGGAGAAUUUGCAAAGCGAGAACGAGAAGUUCCUAAAUUGGCUGAUAGGCGCACACCAGUGAGGCCCGUUGACAAUUUGUACACAGAGGGCGAGUUCCAAUCUCCAGAGAAACAAAAAUAUAUUCCUGCCGAGAGACAAUCACCAAUCAAGCAGCAUGACAACCUUCGACCUGAAGGAGAGUUUGCUGGAAGACCUAAAGAUGACUUUACCCCAAAAAGAGGAGAAAGGGCUGAUGUCAAACGCCCUGAAGACAAUCUUAAACCUGAAGGAAAGUUUGCUCAAAGAGAGCGAGAGGGUCCUAAAAAGAGUGACAGACCUGCACCUGUGAGGCCCGUGGACAAUCUUUACACGGAAGGGGACUUCCAAGCACCAGAAAAAACAAAAUAUGUACCUGCGGAUAGGCAAGCACCCUUUAAGCAGCAUGACAACCUUCGUCCAGAAGGUGAAUUUUCUGGUAGACCCAAAGAUGAUUUUACACCAAAGAGAGGUGAGCGAGCAGAUAUUAAGCGACCAGAAGACAAUCUUAAACCUGAGGGAGAGUUUGAUGCAAGCCCGAGGAAUGAUUACCGACCCGGAAUUGGUGACAGGGCUGCCGUUGUGAAACAUGAAGAUCACCUCCGCAUGGAGGGCACCUUUGAUGAUACACAGAGGACUCGCAAUGACUUCCAGAGAAUUCGCCAGGUUGAGAGAGUCCAAAUUGUUCGACAUGAAGAUAAUCUUUACAUGGAAGGAGAAUUCAUUGAUAAUAUGCAACGAGAAGACUACGGUCUUGCAAAAGGAGAGAGAGUCCAUGGGAAAAAGCCUAUUGAUAACCUUCAUCCAGAGGGUGAAUUUUACAGGGAGCCAAAAGAGACGGCUCCUAAUAAGGGUGACAGAGCCGAUGUUAAGCGCCCUCGGGACAAUUUAAAGCCAGAAGGAGAGUUUGAGAAGCGGUCACGAGAGCCUGUAAAGCCAGCUGAAAGGAUGAAACCUGUGAGACCUACAGACAAUCUUCAUCCUGAGGGAGAGUUUGAAAGACCUGAUAAGAAAAAGUUUGAGCCAGCUGAACGUCCAACACCAAUUAAGCCUGAAGACAAUUUGCGACCUGAGGGUGAAUUUGAAAGAAAACCAAAGGAAAAAGCGCCAACUAGAGGAGAGAGAGCUGAAAUUACAAUUCCUCAAGACAACUUGCAUCCCGAGGGUGAUUUUGCCAAGAAAGAGAAACCAACUCCAGGAAAGGGUGAAAGAGCGCCAAUGAAAAAGCCUAUAGACAAUUUGCACCCAGAGGGAACAUAUGAAAUGGUUUCGAGAAAUGACUACAAUGCUGUGAAAGGAGAGCGUGCUGAAAUAGUGAGACACGAGGACCAAUUGAAGAUUGAAGGAGAAUUCUAUGACACUACUCGCUCGCGAAAUGAUUAUAAGGCUGUUCGCGUUGAAAGAAGUCAGCUAAUCAAACAAGUUGAUAAUAUUCACAUUGAGGGCGAGUUUGUGGACAACAAACGUCGAGACGACUACAGACCAUCAGUUGGAGAUCGCGCUGAAAUUAAAAAGCCAAAAGAUAACCUUCGACCAGAGGGAGAAUUCGAAAGACACAAAGACGUGCCAUUCGUAAAUGGAGAACGAAGCAAACCUAUUAGGCAUGGGGACAACUUGAAACCCGAGGGAGAUUUUGAAGUACCUGACAAACCUGGUUAUCAUCCCGGGGAAAGGCAGAAGCCUGUACGCCCCAUUGAUAAUUUGAGAACAGAGGGCAACUUUGAGAUGCCUGAAAAACAAGGUUAUAGACCUGGUGAAAGGCAGAGUCCCAUUAAGCAUCCAGACAACCUUAAGCCGGAAGGUGACUUUGAGAGGCCAGUUAAGCAGCAGGUUGGCCCUGGCGAGAGACAGUCCCCGAUUAAACAAAGGGAUAACCUUAAACCAGAGGGCGAAUUUGACAGACCAGUGAAGCAAAUAUAUGGCCCUGGAGAGAGGCAAACUCCUAUUAAGCACCCUGACAAUCUUCGUCCUGAAGGUGAAUUCGAAAGACCUUUGAAGGAAUCAUUUGGGCCUGGAGAAAGGCAGCGCCCUGUGAAGCACCCUGACAACCUGAAACCAGAAGGUGAAUUUGAAAGGCCAUCAAAGCAGCAGGUUGGCCCUGGCGAGAGACAUUCGCCGAUUAAACAAAGGGAUAACCUGAAACCGGAGGGUGAAUUUGAUCGACCAGUGAAGCAAAUAUAUGGCCCUGGAGAGAGGCAAACUCCUAUUAAGCACCCUGACAAUCUUCGUCCUGAAGGUGAAUUCGAAAGACCUUUGAAGGAAUCAUUUGGGCCUGGAGAAAGGCAGCGCCCUGUGAAGCACCCUGACAACCUGAAACCAGAAGGUGAAUUUGAAAGGCCAUCAAAGCAGCAGGUUGGCCCUGGCGAGAGACAGUCGCCGAUUAAACAAAGGGAUAACCUGAAACCGGAGGGUGAAUUUGAUCGACCAGUGAAGCAAAUAUAUGGCCCUGGAGAGAGGCAAACUCCUAUUAAGCACCCUGACAAUCUUCGUCCUGAAGGUGAAUUCGAAAGACCUUUGAAGGAAUCAUUUGGGCCUGGAGAGAGGCAGCGCCCUGUGAAGCACCCUGACAACCUGAAACCAGAAGGUGAAUUUGAAAGGCCAUCAAAGCAGCAGGUUGGCCCUGGCGAGAGACAGUCGCCGAUUAAACAAAGGGAUAACCUGAAACCGGAGGGUGAAUUUGAUCGACCAGUGAAGCAAAUAUAUGGCCCUGGAGAGAGGCAAACUCCUAUUAAGCACCCUGACAAUCUUCGUCCUGAAGGUGAAUUCGAAAGACCUUUGAAGGAAUCAUUUGGGCCUGGAGAAAGGCAGCGCCCCGUGAAGCACCCUGACAACCUGAAACCAGAAGGUGAAUUUGAAAGGCCAUCAAAGCAGCAGGUUGGCCCUGGCGAGAGACAUUCGCCGAUUAAACAAAGGGAUAACCUGAAACCGGAGGGUGAAUUUGAUCGACCAGUGAAGCAAAUAUAUGGCCCUGGAGAGAGGCAAACUCCUAUUAAGCACCCUGACAAUCUUCGUCCUGAAGGUGAAUUCGAAAGACCUUUGAAGGAAUCAUUUGGGCCUGGAGAAAGGCAGCGCCCUGUGAAGCACCCUGACAACCUGAAACCAGAAGGUGAAUUUGAAAGGCCAUCAAAGCAGCAGGUUGGCCCUGGCGAGAGACAGUCGCCGAUUAAACAAAGGGAUAACCUGAAACCGGAGGGUGAAUUUGAUCGACCAGUGAAGCAAAUAUAUGGCCCUGGAGAGAGGCAAACUCCUAUUAAGCACCCUGACAAUCUUCGUCCUGAAGGUGAAUUCGAAAGACCUUUAAAGGAAUCAUUUGGGCCUGGAGAAAGGCAGCGCCCCGUGAAGCACCCUGACAACCUGAAACCAGAAGGUGAAUUUGAAAGGCCAUCAAAGCAGCAGGUUGGCCCUGGCGAGAGACAGUCGCCGAUUAAACAAAGGGAUAACCUGAAACCGGAGGGUGAAUUUGAUCGACCAGUGAAGCAAAUAUAUGGCCCUGGAGAGAGGCAAACUCCUAUUAAGCACCCUGACAAUCUUCGUCCUGAAGGUGAAUUCGAAAGACCUUUGAAGGAAUCAUUUGGGCCUGGAGAAAGGCAGCGCCCUGUGAAGCACCCUGACAACCUGAAACCAGAAGGUGAAUUUGAAAGGCCAACAAAGCAGCAGGUUGGCCCUGGCGAGAGACAGUCCCCGAUUAAACAAAGGGAUAACCUGAAACCGGAGGGUGAAUUUGAUCGACCAGUGAAGCAAAUAUAUGGCCCUGGAGAGCGUGCGGCUCCAAUCAGACAAAAAGAUAAUCUAAAAUUGGAAGGAGAUUUUGAAAAACAGCCUAAACUAAAUGCACCUCUCAAGGGUGAAAGAGCUGAUAUUAAAAAACCAAAGGACAAUUUGGCACCGGAGGGCGACUUUGUGAGAACGCACAGGGACGAUUACAACGCAGUUCGUGGUGAGAGGGCUGAAAUUGUACACCAUAAAACAAAUCUAAUUGUCGAAGGAGAAUUUGAUGAUAGCUCACGCUCAAGAAAUGACUUCAAGGCUUUCCGUGGAGAGCGGGUAGAAAUAGUUCGACACAAGGACAACCUUAAACCGGAGGGAGAAUAUGAACCGCAAAGACGAAAUGACUACGCUCCUACUAAGGGUGAAAGAGCUGACGUGGUUGUCCACGAAGAUCACUUGCACAUGGAGGGCAAAUUUGAUGACAGUUAUCGAUCUCGAGAUGAAUAUUCGGUGAAGAAAAUUGAAAGGAGCACGCGAGUUAUUCAAAAAGACAACUUGCACAUCGAGGGUGAGUUCAUCGACCACACUGCUAGAAAUGAAUUUACCCACGUCCAAGGUGAGCGCGCCGAAGUUAAACGGCCUCAGGACAACCUCCGACCUGAAGGAGAGUUCCAUGGACGCCCCUCUGACAAAGGCCCAGUUCGCGGUGAGCGGGCCGAAGUGCGCAUACCCCAAGAUAACCUACGACCGGAAGGUGAAUUUGAAAGACGCCCUAAGGAUCAAGCGCCGAAGGGCGGACGGCCAUCACCUAUCAAGCACCAGGAUAAUUUGCACCCAGAGGGAGACUUUGACCGACCAUCCCAGGCACCAUAUCGUCCUGCGGAAAAAGUUUCACCAACUAGACACCCGGACAACCUUAAAGUCGAGGGAGACUUCGAGGGUCGGCCAAGGCAAGAGGCUCCGGGCAAAGGCGAGCGUGCCAAUGUGAAAAAGCCCCAAGACAAUUUGCAUCCUGAAGGAGAUUUUGAUUUCAAACCCAAAAAAGACAACAAUGCUGUAAGAGGAGAACGGGCGCCAAUUGUUGUCCAUGAGGACCAUUUGAGACUGGAAGGUGAAUUUGACCGUUCAUAUUCUUCAAGGAAUGAAUACAAGAUUGUAAAAGGUGAGCGAGCUGUCAUUCAGAGAAGGACGGAUAAUUUGCACAUAGAAGGAGAAUUUGUUGACCAUUCGAGACGCGAUGACUAUAAGAUUGUAAAGGGCGAGCGCGCUGAUGUGAAAAAGCCAGUUGACAACCUCCAUGUUGAGGGUGAAUUUGAAAACCGCCCCAAGAAAAACGCUCCACUUGUUGGAGAUAGAGCAGAGGUGAAGCGCCCUCAGGACAAUUUGAAGCCAGAAGGCGAGUUUUACUCAAAAGAACGAGAGAAGCCUGGGCAGGGAGAAAGGCAAUCACCCAUCAAACAACCUGACAAUCUCAAAGUAGAGGGAGACUUCCAUCGUCCUGAGAAGGACAAAUUCAAACCUGGCGAGAGACAAUCUCCUGUAAAGCACCCAGACAACCUGAAGGUGGAAGGUGAUUUUGAUCGCCCUGACAAGCCAAAGUACGGCCCUGGUGAGAGGCAGGCGCCAAUAAAACAUGCAGAUAAUCUCUGGCCCGAAGGUGACUUUGACAGACCCACCAAGAGCACUAUUGGCCCUGGAGAGCGCCAGUCUCCCAUCAAACAUCCUGAUAAUCUGAAGGUUGAAGGAGACUUUGAUCGGCCCCAGAAGCAACAGUACGGACCUGGCGAGAGACCCUCCCCCUUCAAGCACAAGGACAACCUGAAACCUGAAGGUCAAUUCGAAGGUCGUCCUUCUGACGACUUUGUUCCUAAGCGCGGCGAAAGAGCCGAAGUGAAAAAACCGCAAGAUAAUCUCAAACCCGAGGGAGACUUUGCCAAACGAGAGAAGACCACUCCUGUUAGGGGUGAGAGGUUCUCCACAGUAAAACACCAAGACAAUCUCAAAAUGGAAGGAGAAUUCGUAGACACACGAGAGAAGAGCAGGAUUGUUGUGGGCGAAAGGGCAGAUGUUAAAAAGCCGACGGACAAUAUAAAAAUGGAAGGCUCCUUUGAAGGCAGAUCUGUGAAUCAAUCCGCUUUUGAAAAGACUGCAACCACUAAGAGUAGCACUGCUUACAACAACAUGACCCACGUGGACAGGAGGAAACAGAUGACCUCGUCCUUCUCGUUGGGCAACGACAUGCAGAGCAUGGUUGAGGCCUCGACCACUCGGCGCCAAACCGUCGCCCGGAAUAACGCAACGACCAAAAAGGCUACCGAAGUUGGACUGGCGCACUCAAACGUUACUUCCAACACAAACACGGAGACCAGGGUUAUGCCGGAUGGAAGUAUUGUGACGACCACCAAAAGGUCAUCAACCUACGACACCAACUCGCCCUCUAAGACCGUUUCAGGAUCAAUGGCCCAUGUGGUUGAAGAUCAAGUAUCGACUCGCACGAGCACCACUGUGGCAUCCGAACAGAAGCAGAGCGAAAUUUCUCAUAGAAAGGCCUCUGCCGUAAACACCAAGCACUUUUCUGAAAGUUCGUCGCAGAUCAUGAAUGCAAUGGGAACAGACACGAAUGUCCGCCAGUCUAGCCAGCAAUCGACAAGCCAAGCUCAGUCAUCUAGGGUGGUUCAAGAAACAGCACAGGCCUCCACCUCUGUCCAGCAACAGACGGCAAAAAUGUCCAGUUCGAUUCAACAAUCGGGACAAGUGUCCAGUUCUGUCCGUAGGUCGUCCAGCCAAGCUCAGUCCUCCAGUUCGAUUCACGAAUCGGAAAAAGUUUCCAACUCUAUGCGGCAGCAGAGAGGACAAAUGUCCAGCUUGAUUCAAGAAACGGGACAAGUUUCCAGUAAUGUCCGAAAGUCGUCCAGCUCUGUUCAAGAAUCGGGACAAGUCUCGAAUUCCACUCGACAACAAAGUGCACAUCUGGCAACUUCCAGCUCAAUGCAGAACAUCAGCAAGUCCUCCUCUUCAAGUGCCCUCCAUUUGUCCGACUCGCGCAGCCAGCAGAAUCUCUCAGAGGGACACCACCGAAAGAGCGUCAUCUCGGCGACGUCCGAGGAUGUGAGCAACUCGGUCUUGCACCGCAAGAGCAACGCCGCCGCCAGCGAGUCGGUUCAUGUGUCCUCAAUGUCGGCGCUGAGCCAGCGGAAGAGCAUCAACAACCUGUCCGAAUCGGCCUCCUCCUACAACCAACAGAACGCAAACCGGGUCAGUCUGUCCACCUUGCACCGCCACUCUAACGAGGCCAGGGUCAUCCAGGGUGGGCAGCGGGCCGAAAGGGUGGUGCGCCACGACAAUCUCAGCGUCGGCAGCGGCGCUUUUUACGGACAGAGCGAGGCAAAGUCCUACGGAAACUUCUCUGGGCAGCAACAACAAAGGGUGUCCCAAGUGCAGAAGGGCAAACAGCUGUCCUCCCACAUUGCCUUUGGUAACACCGGUUUUGACUCCAACUCGUCCUACCGCAAGGAGUACGUCGUCGUCCACUCUGGACCCUGCCCAGCCGCGCUGCUUGAGACGGAAAAAUCCUCCUAUCGUCACAAACGGGACACCAAGGAGCACAAGUUCUACGCGCCCAAGUCCGCUAAAUAAUUUUUUUGAUCUUUGGAAAAAAAUGUGCCAAUCUGAAUUUGUAACAUACUUAGUCAAAAUUUCAUAACUCGAGAGUUUUAACUGAUUUUUUUUUCGUCUUCCAAUGCAUACUCGUCCCCUUUCAAUUAUUUUACUGUUGAUCUAAUGAAGAAAGAAAAUGCUUUUUAAAAAAACUAAUAACUUUAAGCUAUAAUAUUAAUGGGAAAAAAUGGUUUCCUUAUUUAGAACUAUUUUGAGCAUAUGACAGCGAACAAUUUAUUUUGUAACACGCAAAUGAAUAAUUAAGAAUAAAUAGCUUUGUAAAAAUUCAAA